UCUACAUGUUUUUUUAGUGUUCUGUUCUUUCUUCUCCCGUACAUGUCGAGCACAGCAGAAACAACAACCCUUGACAAAGAGCUUGGCAUCAACGAUUUUCGUUUGGUCUGGGAAAAGGCAGGUCGUCUUUCUGGACACUGGGACUCAAUUGGCAUUUUGUUAGGCCUCAGUCCUAACAAGUUGGAUGAGAUUGAAGCAGAGGGCAAACCACCAAAAACAUGUUUGAGAAAAGUUUUUGAAUGUUGGUUAAGAAAGGAUUGCGAUCAAAGUAGUGGUGCUCCUACAUUACGAAUGCUCUGUAAUUGUAUUAGAAGUGAGAGUGGUGGAGCAAAUCCUGCCUUAGCUGAUAAAAUAGCUGAAGAAUACUCCAAAAGCAGUGAGCGGCAACCUCUGUCACCAGUAGAUACUGAUUCAUCUUCCAGAGAAGUUACCCCAAAUAAAGAAUUACAGGCACCUCCUACUUCACCUGAUACUAAAGCUACAUAUGCUAGUGGAAAAUCAAAAGAGUUUCCUGUUAAUGACAUAUUGAAGCAGAUUGAUGAGCUACAAAGAUUAUAUGCUUCUAACGUUUAUAAAACCAAAGAAGCAUUUCUCUCCCUUAAAAGAAAUACUCUUCCUAAAGUAAUCGAUUAUAUCAAGUACCACAUUAUUAAUCUACUGAGUCCACGUUUUCGUAAGCACCACUUCAUUGAUAGAUUACGAGAAGAGUAUGACGGAAUUAAAUCAAUGAAUCAGUUAUUUGGGGUACUGGAGAAACGUGUCUCCUGGUUUAAUUUUGAUUUCAUUGUCCUAUUGGUCAAAGUUUUUAUAACAAAUAGAGGAGUUCAGCGAAUUUGGUCUACUUACUCCAGUUUGCUAAAAGAUUAUUUUAAAAAUAACAAUGAUCAAGCAAUUAAAGUUGUGAAUGGUGUUGAAUUUGGUAUAUUAGAUGCUCCUG